AUGUUGACUUCUGUUGACCCCCUCACCACGAACGUCAAGGCCGUGAUCUAUGGAGCUGCAGUUAGCAUGCAAGCGUUUAUUGACUCCAAGGUCAACUUGAACGUCGUUCCUGGCGCUGAUAUUUCUCGAGACGCGGAGCUGUUGUCAAUUGAAGACUUGACCGUGAAUCUCACUGGUGUAGUUGAGGCAAACCCGUACUCAGCAUCACCGCCGAACUUUGUCGGGCCUUCAAGCUUCAAGACGUACUAG